AGACCUUUCGUGGAAUUCUCUUUCUGGUUCUAUACCCCCAGUUUUCAGCACCACCAUCCAAACGUUAUACCUCGACCACAAUACCUUCUCUGGGCCCAUUCCACCACACUUGGCACUGCCCAACCUCGCUGAGCUUCAACUAGCCAACAAUCUGUUCACAGGAGGCAUCCCCAACGCCUUCACUAGGCUCACUGGCAUGAGAACUCUGUAUGUCUCUCCUUUCCCAUGCUACGUACAUCUCCCUGUCUCAACUGCGGCACAUGAGAUUCGCCUGUCCAAGUGUAACAGCCCCUUCGCACCUACCUGGGUGCUAUCCAUGCUGUCCUCACUGCAAGUAGCCAACAACUUCCUUUCUGGGGGCCUCCCGCGGACUCUCACUGCCCAGUCUUCUCUUCUCACGCUCAACCUAGCAGGAAAUGGCUUCACGGGCUCCUUGCCAAACUUCUCUCGCUGGAAAGUUAGCUGUGCACAGAUAGUUCUCAGCAACAGCAACUUCACGGGGUCUAUUCCUGUCUCCAUCUCCACCCUCACCACCCUCGAUUCCAUUUUUCUCAACAACAACCAGCUGACAGGCACCAUUCCCUCUGCCAUUUUCACCAUGACCAAUCUCAAAUAUCUCUACAUUGCCAACAAUUAUCUAAGUGGCAGUCUGCCAGGUGUCAUCGGUCGACUGAAGAAGCUCGAACAGAUCUGGCUGGACAACAACAAGAUUGAGGGCCCUCUGCCAUCUGGCCUGUGCUCGCUGCCCUGGCUGUGGCGCAUCGAUGUGAGCGGCAACAGCCUGUACGGGCGCAUCAACCGCAACUUCAAGAGCAUGGUGGCGGAUGGCGAUGCACUCAUCAACUUGGCUCACAACUUCUUCUUUGGUGAUGCCCUGCUCCUCGCUGCCGGCUGCCAGGUCUGCCCCACUCAGAUCACCCAACCCAACAAUUUUGUCCUGGGGGACACCUUUGAUGUGCUUGCCGGGAAGUGCAACACUGCUGCAGCAAUUGGUCUGCGAGAUAUCUCAGUGGCGGGGGCGGGCAAGGAGGCGAGGGUGAGUGUGGCGGGCAACUGCCUCACGCUCAGUGCGGACGCGGAGUGCGCAGCGAACGCCACCCAGCGCAGCACGGCAGCCUGCCAGGCGUUCUGCAGCAUCACGGACAACGGCCCGUGUGACGGCCAUGGGGAGUGUGUGCCGCCUGCCCCCGCCUCCCCCUCCAACUUCAUCUGCCUCUGCCACGCCGGCUACUCUGCCCUUGACUUGGGCAACGGCUCCACCUGCGCUGUGGUCAACUCUACCACCACCACUGUGUCCUCGCUAUCAACGGGCGCCAUAGUGGGCAUUGCGGUGGGCUGCUUUGCUGGCUUCGUUCUGCUGGCUGCUGUGCUCUCAUGCCUGCUGUGGCCCCGCAGACCAAAGAAGUGGGAGGGGCUGGAAGUGUGUGAGCAGUAUACGCUGCAGCAGAUGGCGAAGGCCACAAACAACUGGGCAGAGGAGAACGAGCUGGGAAGGGGCGGCUUUGGCGUGGUGCGAGCCAUGGCAACGCUCCACCACAUAAAUCUGGUGCGGCUGCUGGGCUUCUGUGUGGAUGUAAAUGUGGAGACAGGCAUGCAGGAGCAGAUCUUGGUGUACGAGUAUGUGGGUAACAAAGACUUGCAGCACCACAUCUUCAAGGCCAGAGAUCCUCUCUCGCUGAGGCAGCGGCUGCGCCUGGCACAAGGAGCAGCAGAGGGCCUGGCGUAUCUGCAUGGGUUUGCGACGCCCAUCAUCCAUCGCGACAUCAAGCCCGCCAACAUCCUUGUGACGGCCGACAUGCACGCCAAGGUGGCUGACUUUGGGCUGCUCAAGCUCAUCACUCACGGGGAUGGCAAGGAGACUAGAGUGGCCGGCACUCCUGGCUAUGUGGACCCUGAUUACAACCGCACAAACGUGCUCACCACCAAGUGUGAUGUCUUCAGCUUUGGCAUUGUGCUUCUGGAGCUGCUAACUGGCUCCAAACCGAUUCGCUAUGAGUCGCACAUCAGAAAUUGGGCAAUGAAGAAGAUGGAGGAGUAUGCACUGGAUGAGCUCAAAGACAGCAAGCUGGAAGCAAGCGAGGAGGCCAUAGUGGCAUUUGCCGACCUCGCUCUAGACUGCGUCAAGAUGCCAGGCACACGGCGGCCCGACAUGAAGGCUGUGGCUCACUCCCUCAGCGCCCUCAUUGACAAGUUCUGCCCGGACAAGGAGCCAUGCGAGUUCGUGGAAAACCUGUCAUUUACAGGGAGCGAAGUCAGCCAGUCUGGGGCUCUCUCCAAAAGGUCUAUAGCGUCUGGUAGCCUCAAUCGGAAUGGCAGAUCCCUUAGUGGCCUUGGUUCCACGUUCCGUGGUCUGGGCAGCUGGGCGCAGUUUCGAUUGUCAGGAAGAUACUAA